UUUAGUUAUUUGAGCAUGUUUGAAGGCAGUGAAGACUUACUGCAGCAUUCUGGGUUAAUGCUGAUGGGUCAAUAGCACAAGGUGUGCUUUUGUUUUGUACCGAAUGUUACAAAGCUAUUGUUUGCAAUCUCUUGGCUGUGAGAACGGACCGAAGGCAGUUUGGUAACAGACGGAUUGAUUAAGUUACUUUGUUUGAUAUCGUUACAUCAUGUUAUGUCUUUAUGUGCACCAACUGUAUUUCUACACAGGAAGUAAAUGGCGAUGUGCAAAGAGAGAUUCAAUAUACCUACUCCACAAUACCUGAUAUCCCUAAGUCAUAUACUCCAACUGUUAUAAGAAGAAUCAACACUUCAGUAAAAGAUCCUGUUAGUGAAGCAGAGAAAAGGGCUAUGUAUGCUAUGGAGAUCAUUGUGGAAAAAGACCUGCGCACAGGCAAAUGCCAUGUUCUUUCUACUGCCACAGUCAAUUCACAGAAAUUCCAGGAGGAAGGUAUCAAAGUCUACGAUGACGGCAGGAAGUCGGUCUAUGCUCUUCAGUCACCUGGAAAGGAGUCUGAGGAUGCACCUGAUAAACUGAGCCCUCUGGAUGUGAAGGAGCUUUUAAGAAAAGCCACAGUGAAGAAAGACCUAGCUGAUGUGCAGUAUCAUGAGCCUGUUUUCUCCAGCCCUUACAGCAGGUCCUGUACUACUCAAAAAGUGGAGUGAGGGAUAGUCAGCCAAGGUCCUAAUGGG